GUUUCCAUGCAAAUCCAAUGCCUCUGACAGGUGGACAAAUAAACCUGUCAGGACUGACUAUACCAACGAACUUCCUCAAAAUAGGAGUUACAGAUUUAGUCUCGAGGAACCAUGUCCUCUCACAUGCGAGCUGGAUGUAUUCUACCUAUACUCUGUGUAAUAGCCCUCCUGGUGUGGGUACCUGGGUGCACAGCGCGCUAUGAAGCAGACUGGACCAGUCUGGAUGCCAGACCCCUGCCCCAGUGGUACGACGAGGCAAAGGUCGGGAUUUUUGUCCACUGGGGAGUCUUCUCGGUCCCUGGCUUCGGGCGGUACAGUGAGUGGUUUUGGUCCUGGUGGAAGACGGAUAAGGUCCCAGCUAAUGUACUAUUCAUGCAGAAAAACUACCCCCCUGGCUUUGAGUAUGCGGAUUUUGCGCCCGAGUUUCGUGCAGAAUUCUUUGAUCCGAAUGAGUGGGCGGAUAUAUUCAAAGCCUCUGGAGCAAGGUAUGUGGUAUUCACAUCCAAACACCAUGAAGGAUUCGCAAACUGGCCCUCAGCAACCUCCUUUAACUGGAACUCCAUGGAUGUAGGUCCUCAUCGGGACCUGGUGGGAGAACUGGCUGCAGCUGUCAGGAAGAAGUCAUUGCACUUUGGUCUGUACCACUCUCUAUUUGAAUGGUACAAUCCCCUUUACUUGGCAGACCGAGCCUCUGGAUUCAAGACUCAGGACUUUGUUGCCCAUAAGGCUAUUCCAGAGCUAGUGGACCUCGUGACCUCGUACAAACCUGAUCUGAUCUGGUCUGAUGGGGACUGGGAAGCCCCAGACACCUACUGGAACUCUACCCACUUCCUGGCCUGGCUCUACAAUGACAGCCCAAUCAAAGAUGUGGUGGUGACCAAUGACAGGUGGGGAAAGGGCUGCUACUGCAAACAUGGAGGCUACUACAACUGUGCUGACCGGUACACGCCUGGUAAACUUCCAGACCACAAAUGGGAGAAGUGCCAGUCCAUCGACACUCUUUCCUGGGGCUACCGAAGACACAUGAAGCUAAGCGAGCUCAUGGACCUGCCGUCCAUCAUAAAGGACAUGGUGUAUGUUGUGGCACUGGGUGGGAACUACCUGCUGAACAUUGGGCCCAUGUCAGAUGGCAUGAUUGCCCCAGUGUUUGAGGAGAGGCUGAGGGGACUUGGUGUCUGGUUGGGGAUCAAUGGGGAGGCAAUCUAUGCUUCCAAACCCUGGAGGGUCCAGACAGAGAACAGCACGGUCACUGUCUGGUACACUGCCAAAAACAAUACCGUUAAUGCCAUUAUCCUUGGCUGGCCGUCCAAACAACUCCUUCAGCUCGCAGCGCCAAGGGUGACUGGAGCCACAAAAGUUACACUCAUGGACUAUCCCGAUGUACCUCUGAAGUGGGCACCGCUGACACCAACAGCUGGACUGACGAUUCUUAUGCCUACUAUGCCAGCAUCUCCUGCAAAUGCCUGGUGCCUGAAACUGGAGGGAGUGGUCUAACAUCAGAGAGUUGUAAUUAAAUCACGAGCAAGUCUUUAGGUCAAGUGGCAUCUCUGUUACGCUUUACUGUAAUGUGUGUGUGUGUGUGUGUGUGUGUGUGUGUGUUAUGUUACAUUAGGUGAUCAAUGGGAUUUAAGUGGAUUUUUGCUGUGCAUAUAAUAUGCACAGUAAUAUUAAAAGACUGUCAAAGGACUCAGCAGGACUAAGAAAGAAAAUUCAACAUUGUAUGUUCAUCACAACUGUGUUAUGAGUCAUUUACUUCUCUCAGGAAUUUACUGUGGAUAAGUUUGGGGUCCUCUGUUACCCAUGUACUAUUAGAGGUCUCUGGAUGGGCAUUUUUUGUAAUGAAAGUCUUUUAAAAGUGGUUGUUUUUGAUGAAGAAUGUAAUAAACAAAGAUAAAUCAUCUCUACGAUACAAUUUGUUUGUGUAUGUGUGUAAAGGACAUUUGUUUAUGAGUGUUACUGCGAUCUUUCUUAUUCAAUUAAAGCAAUGGUCUUAUGGGAAAACAGG